UGCGGCCUCUGUCCCCCUGUGACCGCACUCUCUCCACAGGGCCACAGCGGCUCUGUCUCCUGCCUGGACUUCAGCAGCAGCGGCAAGUACCUGGCGUCGUGUGCCGAUGACCGCACGGUCCGGCUGUGGAGCACGCGGGACUUCACGGCGCGCGAGCACCGCUGCCUGCGCGCUAACGUGGGGCUGGACCACGCCGAGCUCGUCCGCCUCAGCCCUGACUCUCGGGCAUUCAUUGUUUGGCUGGCGAAUGGCGAGACUAUUCGUGUCUAUAAAAUGACUAAGAAGGAUGAUGGCAGCUUCACCUUCACUCCAACUUCUGGGGACUUCCCAAAGAAGCACAAGGCUCCUGUCAUUAACAUAGGAAUUGCAGAGACAGGAAAGUUUAUCAUGACAGCUUCCAGUGACACGACCAUCCUGAUAUGGAGCCCGAAGGGUGAUGUCCUGGCCAGCAUUAACACUAACCAGAUCAACAAUGCCUAUGCCACUGUGUCGCCCUGUGGAAGGUUUGUGGCAUCCUGUGGCUUUACCCCUGAUGUAAAAGUGUGGGAGGUGUGUUUUGGUAAGAACGGAGACUUCCGGGAGGUGGCCAGGGCUUUUGAGUUGAAAGGCCACACCGCUGGCAUGCAUUCCUUCUCCUUCUCUAAUGACUCGAGGAGGAUGGCAACUGUUUCGAAGGAUGGGACGUGGAAGUUCUGGGACACAGAUGUGGAAUAUAAGAAGCAACAGGAUCCGUACCUGCUUCUGACAGGGAAGUGUGAGGUGACAGAGCCUUGCCGCAUUGCCUUGUCCCCUGAUGCUCGCGUCGUUGCCAUCUCAAGUGGCACAGACAUUGUUGUGUACAACACGAGAAGAGGAGAGGAGGAGGAGCGCUUCCUCAGUGUGCAUGGGCAAUGUAUAACAGACUUGGCUUUUGACACCAACAGCCGCUACCUGGUGUCGUGUGGGGACCGGGCCAUCCGCAUCUUCCACAACACCGCUGGUCACCGCGCGGUGGUGGAGGAGAUGGAGACCAUGCUGAAAAAAACUGGGAACAAAGCCACCCGAGAGAGGCUGGAACAGCAGAUCUCCAGUGCCCGCAAAGCGCUGGCUGCAAUCUAUGGCAAGAAGCACUAA